GACAGACAGACAGGAAGGGAAGGUUCAGUGUUAAGACAGACAGACAGGAAGGGAAGGUUCAGUGUUAAGACAGACAGACAGGAAGGGAAGGUUCAGUGUUAAGACAGACAGACAGGAAGGGAAGGUUCAGUGUUAAGACAGACAGACAGGAAGGGAAGGUUCAGUGUUAAGACAGACAGACAGGAAGGGAAGGUUCAGUGUUAAGACAGACAGACAGGAAGGGAAGGUUCAGUGUUAAGACAGACAGACAGGAAGGGAAGGUUCAGUGUUAAGACAGACAGACAGGAAGGGAAGGUUCAGUGUUAAGACAGACAGACAGGAAGGGAAGGUUCAGUGUUAAGACAGACAGACAGGAAGGGAAGGUUCAGUGUUAAGACAUGUUAAGACGCAUUGGGAACUUGAGAGAGAGAGAGAGAGAGAGAGAGAGAGAGAGAGAGAGAGAGAGAGAGAGAGAGAGAGAGAGAGAGAGAGAGAGAGAGAGAGAGAGAGAGAGAGUGUGAGUGUGAGUGUGUGUGUGUGUGUGUGUGUGUGUGUCAAGUCUUCAUAAACUAGAAGAAAAAAUAUGUAGUCAUGAAAAUGUAAAUAAUAAUAAUAAAAUAAAGUUGAUGACAAAUGUUGAAAAGUGCAAAUUGAACACACACAGAGAGAGAGAGAGAGAGAGAGAGAGAGAGAGAGAGAGAGAGAGAGAGAGAGAGAGAGAGAGAGAGAGAGAGAGAGAGAGAGAGAGAGUCGCUUUAGCUGACCAAGGAAGGAAGGAAGGACAGUAUAGAAAAAGAAGGAAGGAAGGAGAGAACCUGAAAGGAGGAGGAGGAAAAGGAGGAGGAGAAGAGGUAUUUUAAUGAUUUCUUACUGAGACGACAUCAAUGUGGGGUCAUUCCUUCUAAAAUCUGGUCCUGUAGGUGUUCGUAUAUGCUUCCGCGCCUCACAUCAACCAUUUACGAAGACCCAAAAGGGGAUAGAUCGGGUUCUCUAUGAGUGUUUUAUCAGGUUCAUGGUACAGGGGAAGGGUCAGACUACCACCAGGGUCAUUGAAGUACCCCUGGAUAUCCCCCAAACUCCUAGGAAAGCCUUGUGAAACAUGUGCUUGGGUGACGAGGGGUUCAAGGUUAUGACCCUCGCUUGACUUUUCCGCCUCUCACAUUAAGAGUGUUUUAUCAGGUUCAUGGUACAGAAGAGUGUGUUUUAUAAGGUUCAUGGUACAGAGGAAGUGUCAGACUACCACCAGGGUCAUUGAAGUACCCCUGGAUAUCUCCCAAACUCCUAGGAAAGCCUUGGGUGACGAAAGGGUAGUCUCUUCCACCCCUCAUAUCAAGAGUGUGUUAUCAGGUUCAUGGUACAGAAGAGUGUGUUUUAUCAGGUUCAUGGUACAGAAGAGUGUGUUAUCAGGUUCAUGGUACAGAAGAGUGUGUUAUCAGGUUCAUGGUACAGAAGAGUGUUUUAUCAGGUUCAUGGUAUAGAAGAGUGUGUUAUCAGGUUCAUGGUACAGAAGAGUGUGUUAUCAGGUUCAUGGUACAGAAGAGUGUUUUAUCAGGUUCAUGGUAUAGAAGAGUGUGUUAUCAGGUUCAUGGUACAGAAGAGUGUUUUAUCAGGUUCAUGGUACAGAAGAGUGUGUUUUAUCAGGUUCAUGGUACAGAAGAGUGUUUUAUCAGGUUCACGGUACAGAAGAGUGUUUUAUCAGGUUCAUGGUACAGAAGAGUGUGUUUUAUCAGGUUCACGGUACAGAAGAGUGUUUUAUCAGGUUCAUGGUACAGAAGAGUGUGUUUUAUCAGGUUCACGGUACAGAAGAGUGUGUUUUAUCAGGUUCACGGUACAGAAGAGUGUUUUAUCAGGUUCACGGUACAGAAGACUGUUUUAUCAGGUUCAUGGUACAGAAGAGUGUGUUUUAUCAGGUUCAUGGUACAGAAGAGUGUGUUUUAUCAGGUUCAUGGUACCGAAGAGUGUGUUUUAUCAGGUUCAUGGUACAGAAGAGUGUGUUUUAUCAGGUUCAUGGUACAGAAGAGUGUGUUUUAUCAGGUUCACGGUACAGAAGAGUGUUUUAUCAGGUUCAUGGUAUAGAAGAGUGUGUUUUAUCAGGUUCACGGUACAGAAGAGUGUGUUUUAUCAGGUUCAUGGUACAGAAGAGUGUGUUUUAUCAGGUUCAUGGUACAGAAGAGUGUUUUAUCAGGUUCAUGGUACAGAAGAGUGUUUUAUCAGGUUCACGGUACAGAAGAGUGUGUUUUAUCAGGUUCACGGUACAUAAGAGUGUGUUUUAUCAGGUUCAUGGUACAGAAGAGUGUUUUAUCAGGUUCAUGGUAUAGAAGAGUGUGUUUUAUCAGGUUCAUGGUACAGAAGAGUGUUUUAUCAGGUUCAUGGUACAGAAGAGUGUGUUUUAUCAGGUUCAUGGUACAGAAGAGUGUGUUUUAUCAGGUUCACGGUACAGAAGAGUGUGUUUUAUCAGGUUCAUGGUACAGAAGAGUGUGUUUUAUUAGGUUCACAGUUCAGAAGAGUGUGUUUUAUCAGGUUCAUGGUACAGAAGAGUGUGUUUUAUCAGGUUCACGGUACAGAAGAGUGUUUCAUCAGGUUCACGGUACAGAAGAGUGUUUUAUCAGGUUCACGGUACAGAAGAGUGUUUUAUCAGGUUCACGGUACAGAAGAGUGUUUUAUCAGGUUCACGGUACAGAAGAGUGUGUUUUAUCAGGUUCAUGGUACAGAAGAGUGUGUUUUAUCAGGUUCACGGUUCAGAAGAGUGUGUUUUAUCAGGUUCACGGUACAGAAGAGUGUGUUUUAUCAGGUUCAUGUUACAGAAGAGUGUUUUAUCAGGUUCAUGGUACAGAAGAGUGUGUUUUAUCAGGUUCACGGUACAGAAGAGUGUGUUUUAUCAGGUUCACGGUACAGAAGAGUGUUUUAUCAGGUUCAUGGUACAGAAGAGUGUGUUUUAUCAGGUUCAUGGUACAGAAGAGUGUGUUUUAUCAG